GGAGCGCGUGAUGGAGGGACGUGAGCGGGAGGGUGCCGGGAGGAAGUGAAGCGGCGAUUGGCUGCAGCGAGGUCGCGUUGCUAGCUGUGGACAACAUGGUUGGCGGCAACUGGUUUGUGGCGUUUUAAGAGCCGAGUUUAAUGUGGGAAUAAUGUCAUCAAACUCUCUCUUUAUGAACUCGGGAAAGAAACGAAACACUUCUAUUAUUUAUAGCGUGGAAAAUUUGCCUUCACAAGUUCCAGUUUCAACCUUUUCGGGAUUGUCAAACCGAGGCAAAAAGAAUAUAAGUCAUGGAAGUGAAGGAUUUCCACCAAACAAACGUCACAAGGGAGAACAAGCAAAAGAUGCAAAAGCAAAUGAAGAUCUCUUUGGGGAUAAUGAAGAUUUCACUGCUGAUGACUUGGAGGAACUGGAUAUUCUAGCUUCACAAGUUUUAAUUCAAGAAACGAAGCCUGGGUCCAAUGCUCCCACAGCAUCAGUGACUGAUAAGAAUAACAAAGACAUGCCAGUAGUAAAAGACUAUGCAAAUGCAAAAGAUGCCUCUUUUUCCACAAGAGCAUUAAACAGCGAAAAUAUAGCAAAGGGACUUCAUGAGAAUGGUCUCAUUCAGUGUAAAAAUGUUGAUUCAUUUGGCUUUGACGUUCUUCAAGAACAACACAGCAAGCUGAGGGAGCAGUUUAAUGAAGUACAAGAAGAACUACAGAUAAAAAAAGGUGAGAUCAAAAUUCUGCGAGAUUGUUUACGGCGUGUGGAAUCGGAGCACGAUCAACAGAAGAGACUGCAUUUACUCAGUGAGCAGGAGAAAAGUGAAACACAAAACCAAAGAGAAAAGGACUUCUCCAAAAAGGUGCAGUCAUUGCAAUCUGAACUGCAAUUUAAAGAUGCAGAGAUGAAUGAGCUGCGUACAAAACUCAAAAGCUGUGAAAGAACCGCCAAGUCUCCAAUCAUGUGUGUUGCUAAAGUCAGCCCCAGGGAACAUUUGUCUGGAUCCAAUGCUUCUCAAACUGGAAAAAAUUAUUUUCCUGAUAAAAAGUCGUUUGCUGCAGAGAUGUCCCCUGUGCAUUCAGUUUUAUCUGCUUCAACAACUAACCAACUUGCACUUGAUAAAGAGACAAGAGAUUUGAAAGAAUUCCACAUUGCCAAGAAGGAAAUGUCCCAAAAAAGUUCUUGUCUUAAUUCCAUCCAGGGAAAAAUAUUUCGCAACAGGCAUUCUGAAGGUUCUGCUGGCCCACAUUCCAUUUGCACUGGUGCAGGAAAGCAAGCAGCCUGGUCCAAAGCUGAUCUUUUAAAGGCAUCCAGAAGAUGCAGAGGACGGGUUGAAGGUGCUGUACUGAUGACUAUGCUGCUCAGCCAACCAGUUGGUCCUCAGAAUUUGGGUUUGAGCCAUCUCCUCCACUGCAGUUCGGAGGCUUUCACUGAAAUGGUCCAACACCAUAGUUUCUGCAGCAGCACUGACUCUUCAUCAACUGAGAAAUCUUCUGAAGAAAGGAUAAAAGAAAUGUAUUCUAAUCUACAUAAGCAACAACAGUUAGCAUUGUAUGGCAUUAACCUGCUCAUCUUGGACCAAGAAUUAUCAAGAAAAAAGUUGGACAUCACAGACAUUUCUCGUGAGUUAAGAAAACACAAUGACUUGCCUGGUGCAAUUCAUCUAUUACCGCUAAUAGAAUAUUACCUUGAUAUUUACUGUCAAUCUUUGCAAACUGAAAAGGGAGAAAGAAGUCCUUCUAGAAACAGAAAUUGCUGUUCAUCCAACUCUGGGGAGCUCACUGCCUCAAAUGUGGAUGAUUGUUUACAUAAUUUGGAAGACUUUGCACUUACUGCACUUGGAGUUCUAUAUCAUCUUGUUUCACAUAGUCAAACGGUUGGAAAUUCCUUGUUGGCCCAUACCUCCAGUCAGAGCACUGAAGGUGGCACAUGCUCAGCUGCACAAGUACAUAACAAAAGCACACCACCGGCCGAACAUGGCAAAGAAGAAGCUGGAUCAUCCAGGCUCCAAAAGGACCAAGUAAAGCUGCAGGAAUCAGCUGACUCAGAACAAUCUCCGACUCACUUGUUUAACAAGUUGCUCCAGCUUUCUGACACAGUGACUAUAAACAUCUCUCAUCGAAGAGAGAGUGUUCAGGACCAAAGCUUGAGAGUUUUGGGUAAGGUUGCUGAAAGUGCAAGUGCUGCGCUCCUGCACAGGUUUCAACAUUUACUAAGCAGCCAAGUGCUAUUGCGAUGCCUUUCUCCAGAUUCUUCAUGUUCCAUCGUUCUACUUGUUGUCCAGCUCCUGGCAAAUCUUGCAGAUCACGUGGAAUUGGCUUCAAAGUUUUGCUCCCAGUCAGCAGCAUGCCUGUUUCUUAAUCUGUACACAUAUGCUUCCUCCAGACCUGACACCUCUGCUGGAGAUGGGCUCUGGCUCCAGCUUGAACAAGAGAUUGUACGAUUCAUCACCAAAUUUGGUUUGUCCCAUUCUGGUGCAAGUGCCGUGUUAGUAGAAUCGGACUGUCUGUGCAAUACUGAGAUCUUGAAGACUUUAAUAGUUAUGUUACACCGGCAAUGGCUUACCAUUCGACUAUCCACACAGAAUCUCUCUUCACUGGGUAAUCAGGCUGUGGUGCAGUUCCUACGAGAAACUGUUCUGCUGUUGCACUGCCUUUCACAGAGGGACAAGAAUUUUACAGACCAUUGUUUAGUUGUACUGCACUUAUACGAUCAAGUUAUGCAUGGAAUUAAAGCCAUUUUUAAAAAUCUAGCAGAUCUAGAAGAAAAUGAAGAAAUUGCAUUGGAAGAGCUGUGUUCUCCUGAGCCUGAAGCUGAGUAUCAGGGAUUAGAAACUGACGGACCUUAGAGCACCAUGGACACGAAUGGAAAAUAAACCUUCAGUAAAGCACAGAUAAUUGCGCACUUCAGUGCAUUCAGUUGUCUCACGGUAUAACUGAGUUGAUCUUUCGUAAAGUUAAUAUCACAGCUCGUCACAGAAAUCAUAAUGAACUGCUUUUAAAGUGUAGUUUGGAUGGUUUUGUCGAUGCAAUGGACACAGCUGUAUAUGCCUUUUCCAUUGAUUCAAGUGAGAAAGGAAAAACUUUCUGGUUAAUAACAUAUCUGUCACAACGAUCACUGUCAAAACUGUCAUUCAAAUGUCAUAUUUUAUUUUCUAAAUUGCAGAUAUCCAAUAUUUUGUAUAUGCUGACCAUACAAUAGGGUUUGGUAGUUUGUUAACACUGGACUCUAUAAGUGCAUCAAGAAAAUUAAAUUACAAAUGAUGUAAUUGUCAAGUGGUUUAUUUUUUUUCUGGUAAACAACAGAACCUCAGCUCCAUAUUUGUUGUAUAUGCAUUUAAAAAAUGUAUUUAAAAAUGUGCACUGUUAUGCUUUGUGCUUGAGUGAUUUAUCAAGGAAACAGAGGCGUUGAAAGCUUUAUGUCUUGAUUCCUUGAUAAUGCUGUGCCAACUGACUUCACAAUCUUGCAGGCAGCAUAGACCAAAACUGGACAUUUCUCAAAUUGCUCAGAAGGUCUGGCAGCAUCUAAAAAGGAAGGAAAAAUAUUGUUUCAGAAUCAACCUUUUUUUCAACGGUGCAAGUGCUUCCAGCAUUUUCCAUUUCUGUUUUAGACCUGUCAGCAUUUCUUUUUGUUUAAAGUAUUUGACAGGUGAUGGUUUUGUCAGCUGAUAGCUCAGGUAACAGUUCAAAAAUGAUUUAAGGAGAAGUACCAUUGAUUGAUUAUUCGUACUUGAAGAAUAAAAAAAGCAUAAUUUUCAAAAGGAAUACGCUGUCUGAUCGGUGAAUUAAUUUGUCCUGUGCCAGUCGAAUGUGGGGAUCACUGUAUCAUCUGAUAUGUAAAAUAUUUUCCUAACGUCUUUACAACUUAGUUUACAAUAAAUGUAAAAUUAUAAACCAUUGAUGGUGUUUUGUAAAUCUGUUUUGAGGUAAUACCUCAUUCUGCAUGAGAAAGUUAUAUUUUUAAUAAUUGUGUGAUCAAAUCCUUAAAGACAAAGCAUACUAACAUUUUUCUAUUAGAAAUUUUUAAUGUAAUUUUGAAAUUACCUCUGAAUGUCACAUUUGCAGGAAAAUGAUUGGAAUUACAUUGUCAUAUAUUACAUCUUUGACAUAUCAGCUACCUUCAAUUUUGAUUAUGGCCUAUUAAAUUUAAUUCUUGCAACAAACUAUUUUAAGUUGGAUGGCUUCAAGUUAAAUACAUAAGGCUUCAUAGAAAUGUAAUUUACUUUCAUAAUGCAAGUAACGAUAUUUCAGAUAAUGAUGCACAAAUAUGUAUUAUUUUAAAAACUGUCUUCUGGUUAUUAACCUUACCACCAGUACAAUAUUCUAGAUAUUGAUUCUCGCUUUUGAAUCUUAACCACAAUGUAAUGAGAACCAUAAGUAUUUUGCCCAGUAUCUCAUAUGCACUGCGGUUACCCAUUAACCAUUGAAAUAAUUGUAACUAUUUGAAAAAUAAUUACUAUUAAUUUUAAAACUCUCCAUUGGCUGACUGUCUCUUUUUAAUUAUGUGUUGGAAGGAACUGCAGAUGCUGGUUUACACCAAAGAUAGACACAAAAUGCUGGAGUAACUCAGCGGGUCAGGCAGCAUCUCUGGAGUCUGAAGAAGGAUCUCGUCCUGAAUCGUCACCUAUUUCUUUUCUCCAGAGAUACAGCUUGACCUGCUGAGUUCCAGCAUUUUAUGUCUAGCUUCAAGAUGAUGUUACAUGGAACAUAAAUGUCUCUGGAUUCUUCCGUUUUUUCCAAAUAUGUAAAAAUUAGUAGAAAUUUGCUAACAUUGUUACGCAAAAUUUAACUGCCUUCAAUGAGGAAGUAAACCAUCCAUGCAUUGGAUUAUUUUUGUUCAUAAGUCUGUUAUGAAAUCUAUUGAAGAAUGGACAAAUUUAUGUGCACAAUUUUUCUAAACAACCACCUCUGUAAUUAAUGACAUUGUGAGCAGUAACCGUUAUUGAAACGUCGGGGAACCCAUUUCUCAUAGGUAGCAAUAAAACAAGUUCACUGUG